GUUUUCUUUUUCUUUUUCUUUUUCUUUUUCUUUUUUCUGAUAUAUGCUCAUGCUGUUGUAAAUUUUUUGUUUGUUUUUUCCUUUGUACAUUUUAUUUGAUCAAGCCAUGCAUACUCUUUUUAGUCAAUAGUCACUUGUUUUUGUGAUGGUUUAAUCACCUUUGAAAUUUGAAGCCCUGCACUUUUGCCAUUAAUUUUUUUAUGUAUGUUCCAAAUAUAUUUAUUUAUUAAGGAUGUUUAUGUUACCCUUUUUUAUGUCAAUACAAGCAGGUUCAAAGCUAAGGAGUUACUAGAAAAGCUCAAAAACAAGAGGUUGAUUUUUGUUGGGGACUCUCUCAACAGGAACCAAUGGGUCUCUUUGGUGUGCAUGGUGGAGUCCUCAUUACCUCCUCAUCAAAAGUUACUGAAAAGGGAGGGUUCACUACAAUCAUUUAGGGCUCAGGAAUUUAAUGUGUCAAUUGACUUUUACUGGUCACCACUGCUUGUGGAGUCGAAUUGUGAUCAUCCGAUUAAUCACCGAGUAUCGAGUAGGAUCAUGCGACCUAACUCGAUCGAAAGGCAUGCAAAGCAUUGGAAUAAUGCGGAUAUACUUGUUUUCAACUCUUAUCUGUGGUGGGAAAAACCUAGGAUGAGGAUGAAACUUACGUAUAGCUCUUUUGAGGAGAAAGAUGCGAAUUAUCGGGAAGUGAAGAUGAUAGAAGGCUUCGAGUUAGCGCUGAAAACAUGGUCUGCUUGGCUUCAGAGAAAUGUCGACGCUGCUAAAACGCAACUCUACUUCGUCAGCUUAUCACCGACUCAUGUUCGGUGGGGCGAAGAAUGGGGAAUGCCUAACAACCGUAACUGCUACAAUGAGACAGAACCGAUUUGCGCAGAAGGAUAUACAAGUAGAGGAUCAGAUUACAGAAUGAUGCGGUUGGUCGAAAAGAGUGUUGAUAAUUUACAAAGUGUAGGGGUGGAUGUUCAAAUCCUUAAUGUAACUCAGCUUUCUGAGUACCGUAAAGAUGCGCAUCCGUCAAUUUACAGGGAGUUUUGGGAUUCUUUCAGUGAAGAUCAGCUUGCGAAUCCGAGUAGCUACGCAGAUUGCACGCACUGGUGUCUUCCAGGUGUCCCAGAUGUAUGGAACGAACUCUUGUAUGCCUACAUCAUCUCUAAAACGUAAACCGAAUGGUUCUUUUAACAAUUUAGUUGUUCAUACGAUUUUGUGGUUGUAAUCGGAAUUUAUUAUGUCGAUCAUAAACGCCGACUUCGAUGGAUUGAAAUGUAGGAAUUGCUUAGAAUCGAAA